UUACAUUUACUUUGAUUUGACAUUCUGACGUGGGGCUGUCGGUCGAAACUGUCUUCCUUUUGAUGUCGCUUAUUUUAAUGAUUGUGCCCUGGAUGUUAUUAGAUCAUUAAUUACGAGACACCACUCUUAAUACAAUGGAAUGAGAAAAAAACUGCAUAUAGGAGAUACUAGAUGUUAUGUGCAUGAUGGAAAGCUGUGCUGAUAUGCUCAUGUGAAGCAGGUCAUAAAAAUAGCCCUAAGAUGCUAAUCAGAUUACCAUGAAUUAAAGUAUUAAAGACAAUGAUAAUCAACAAAUGUACUACGAUACUUUCAAUUGAGCAGAGAGUCAUUCAAUGCAAUCAGAUGUUUUGUAAGAAUGAAAUUCAGUACUAUUUACAGAUGUAUUUCAUAGAAAAGCUUUAUUUGGGCUGCUAUGACAGAAGUUAAAAGGAAGUUUGAAAUAUGACCAGUUUUUGGCUUACACCAAUACAGCUUGAAUUUAAGAAUAACAGAGAGGCCUACAGUAUACUUGGAAAUUUUCCCAAUACUUCCAAAACUCUAAAAACCAAAGAUUAAAAAAUAAAGAGAAAGAGAGAAAAACCAUGACAUAAAACUGAAAGGUGUGAAUUUGAAAAUGAUACGACAAUCUAAUUUAACAAAAAGACUUUUGGUUCAUUAUAAUUUGAACCGAAGUGAAUAUGUUUCACUUGUUACUGAUAUAUGGUUAAAAAGACAAAGGUCACGUGAUGCAAUCUGGUCAUUCCUUUGUGUAGUUUUCCUACUGGUGCUAAUGAUGUGGGGUGUAUGGUAUUAUGGCCUUUGCAAUCGUAAAUCAAAAAGAAAUUCUCACAACUUUGAAGACACAUGUCAUUAUACCACAGUCAACAAAGUCAUCCAAGCCAAAGCCAAAUUCCUUCCUAUGUUUCAAAAGAAGGAGAAACCACACGUAGAAGUAAUUGCUGACAAUUCUUCAUCUGCCGAGACUGAUUAUGAAGACAUGGAUGGAAGUCAGAACUGCUUAACAUCUAACAAAAGAAAAAAGAAAAUGUCAAAAACAUUCCAUAGGAAAUUUAAUAUCUAGUGUUAAACGAACUAAAAGUAAUAGAAUUUUCAGUAUAUUUAAUAAAAUUACAUCAACAAGACCAUCAUACUGUUUAUGAGAACUAUGUAAGCAAAUAUCUUCCAGUUUUUACUUAUUAGUUAUGUAUACUUUGGUAUCUAGACUCUGAAUUAUAUUUGAAAUGAAGAGUAUACUCCAUUAAAUGAGGUACCAAAAUUAUUGUCGAGAAAUUUGUAGAAAUAUACCUGUGGAUAAUAAAUAUAUAUUUUCAAUGUAAAUUAAA